UGUGUCUCUUCCAACACUUGAAUGUCACAGUUUUGUUAUUUGUUAUAUGAUUAAAUGGUAACUAUAUUGUGUCUGUUUCUUUUUUUUUUGUGCUGAUGAAAAUAAGGACAAGCUGCAUGUGAUGGUUGCAUUUACAGCUCAAGUGAUUGGAUCGUAAGAGGCGUCUGAAACAACACACACUUUCCUGUUGAGUGAUACAGAGGGGAAUCCAGGUUUGCAUCCUUGACAUCUACAGUGACGAUGGCGUGGACGUUGGUUCUCAGUAACCUGGUGUUAGCCGUCUUCGGAUUCACGUUAAUCACAGGUCUUCCCGCCAACAUCUUGGCUUUCUACACCUUCUUUAAGAAGGUCCGCCAGCGUUCCACCCCGAUGGACGUGCUGUUACUCAGUUUAACCAUCUCUGACCUGAUCUUUCUCUUUUUCCUGCCGUUUCGCAUGGUGGAGGCGGCCAACAUGAAAUGGACUCUUCCUUACUUCCUCUGCCCUCUGACAGGAUUCAUCUUCUACUCCACCAUCUACAACAGCACCUUCCACCUGACGGCCAUCAGCGUGGAGCGCUACCUGGGAGUGGCUUUCCCCAUUAAAUACAAGCUCAAACGCGACCCUCGAAACGCCGUGAUAGCCAGCGUCAUAUUCUGGCUGAUGUCAAUGGGACACUGCAGUAUCGUCUACAUCAUACAAUACUACAAUAGUACGAAUCCCAACUACACUGAACCAUACAAGCGUGACACCUGUUAUGCAGAAUUCAGUAAAGAACAGCUUGAUAUCCUCCUGCCGUUUCGUCUGGAGCUUUUCAUCGUGCUCUUCCUCAUGCCGUUCCUCAUCUGCUGCUUCUGCUACAUCAAAUUCAUCCACAUCCUCUCCAAUCUGCCAAACAUCAAUGCCAAGAAGCGGUAUAGAGCCAUCGGGAUGGCAUUGGGCACGCUUCUUGUCUUCAUUAUCUGCUUCUUGCCCUACAACGUCUCGCACGUGGUUGGAUAUGUACAGAAAAAAAGCCCCGAUUGGCGAGUUCAAGCACUGCUCCCCAGCACGUUUAAUGCAUGCCUCGAUCCAUUCAUAUUCUACUUCUCUUCUUCGGCACUCAGAGGAACGUUCAGGAACAUCUUGCAGAAGUUGUCAAGGAAGCUUCUCCAGCCCUGCUGCCGCUCAGCUCUCUGUUGUAACCUGUUUGACUGUUCGAGUACAGAGGAGAAAACUCAGAGCACGACUGAAAGCUCUCUGGAACAGCACAAACUGGGACGUAGAGUCUGAUUCGAUUGACCUGUGACUCAAUCUGAGAGGUGUCUGCUGUAGAAGAGUGUUUUCUUCUGACUGCAUUUGAGCAACGUCAGCACAUGCUGAUCAAUACAAAGCAACUGAACACGAUUCUGAUGCACAGCUUAAUGGACCUGUAUAAUGGACAACUAUUACUAUAGAGGUUCCAGUAUUUUUUUUUCCAUUCAUUUUUCCUAUAGGGAUCUUCGCUAAAGCACUAUAAGCAGUGAACCAAA